GAUUUAACGCCCCUGUAGUCCUGACGUUCCUUUGAAUCCUUUGCUUCCAUAGAGUUGAGAGGUCGAAGCGCCGGCGAAGAUGUCGCACUUUGGAAGAUCUGGUCCUCCAGACAUUAGAGACACAUACUCUCUUCUAGUUCUCAACAUCACUUUUCGUACCACCGCUGAUGACUUGUAUCCUCUCUUCGAUAAGUAUGGAAAAGUUGUGGAUGUCUUCAUCCCCAGAGAUCGAAGGACUGGAGACUCGAGGGGAUUUGCAUUUGUUUUUUUUUUUUUGAAGUAUCAGGAGGCAUUUGUUAGGUAUAGAGAUGAUCACAGAGAUAGAGAUUAUAGAAAGAGGAGCAGGAGUAGAAGUCGGGGUAGAUCUGAGCAUGAUCGAUACCGUGGUAGGGAUAGAGAUCGUCAUCGGUACAGAAGCCGCAGUGGAAACCCUGAUUACCAUAAAGGUCGUGGUAGAGGUAGAUAUGAUGAUGAGAGGCGUAGCCGAAGUCGUUCCUAUGGAAGUGCCUCUCCUGCUCGGCGUAGCCCAAGUCCAAGGAGGAGUCCAUCUCCUCGGAGAACCCCUCAAUCUAGGGAUGGUAGCCCAAGUCCAAGGAGGAGUCCAUCUCCUCGCAGAGCCCCUCAAUCUAGGGAUGGUAGUCCAGGUGGACGCAACGAGAAAGAACGCUCUCCAACUCCAAGAAGUUUGUCACCCCGUGGCCGAGGGGCUGAGUCUCGAAGCCCAUCUCCACGUUCUGAUGCUGAUGAAUGACAGCGAAGAAGCAUUGAUGAAUUUCUCCAGGUUGUUAUCCAUGAAGAGGGCAUUUGAUGAUGAUAUCGUCUGUUUAGUGCUUGGUAGAACAAAUUUGCAGAAACUUAUUUGUAAGGUUUAACUCAUGAUGUGCGUGAUGCCGUGAUUCAUCCCAAUACACUUUUCUGUUGGUAGUUGUGGGUUGACACUAGUUUUGGCUAUUGUUCCUGUUUUUUGCUCUUCUUAUUUCUCAAAUGUAGAUCUAUCUUGUACUCAUGAACAACUGCUGGCCUUCUAUAGUUAUGUCCGUGACGAGUCAAUGUUGCUGAAUUGCACGAUUUUGCAGCA